AUGCCCUCCUCCGAUCUGAGGCAGUUGGUGAAGCAGGAAAAGCUGUUGAAGGCGUCGUUGGAAAACGUGCAAGAGUUUGUGGACAACUAUCAAGAGGAUCGCGAUAAGGAUGAAGUUGAGCUGCGUCUGAUGAAACUGGAUGAAAUCUUCGACAAGUUUAGUACCGUUAGAGUAGAAAUCGACGUGAUUCUAGAUGAGGCUGAAGAUACGAAGACUUCCAAGGGCGCUCGCGAUGACGUUGCCGGUACAACUAACGCUGAUGCUCGUGCUGACAGUAGUCGUGUCUACAAGGAUUUCGAGAAUAUUUACUUUCGUCUGAAAUCUGCACUGCGUGUCAAGCUUCCGAGAAAUCCUGGAAUUGUUGCAGAACGCCAACAAGUGGCUGCCAAUCCACUUCAAACAUCUCGUAUGAAAUACCCAGAGCUGAAAUUGCCUACGUUUUCUGGCAAACUGCAGGAGUGGAUUAAUUUCCGGGACAAUUUCAAAUCUUUGAUCCACAACAAUGGUGAUUUGAGCACUAUGGACAAGUUUAACUACUUGGGAGCUUCUUUGCGAGAUGAUGCUCUGCUUCAAAUUAAUCAGGUUCAAGUUACCGCUGCAACCUACCAUAUUGCUUGGACCAUUCUUGAGACGAAGUACGAGAACCACAAGCUGAUAGCCCAGGAACAUCUGAAGGCACUGUUUGCUGUUCCAGCAAUGAGGUCGGAAUCAUUUGAAACUCUGAACACCAUCCUAAUGACGUUCAAGGUCAAUCUACAACAGUUGGCGAAGUUGGGGGAGAUCACUGAAAAUUGGAGUACGAUCCUGGCAUUCAUGCUGUCGCAGAAGCUUGAUACCGCAACUCUCCGCCACUGGGAGACACACCAUGCAUCCAAAGAUAUUCCUCAAUAUGCAGCAAUGGCGGAGUUUCUUGAGCAGCACUGUGCAAUUCUACAUUCUACGUCAGGCCGAUGCGGAGUUGAGCAAAGACGACCAUUCAAGAGCUCUGCACUCCACACUGCUAUACCAUCUACAAGCAAUUGCCAAAUCUGCAACGGGGGACAGCACUGCAUUGAUCAGUGUCGCCGGUUCAGCAAAAUGAGGGUAGUCGACAGAAAAAUGAUCAUUCGCAGACUCGGUUUAUGUUUGAAUUGUCUGUGCUCUGGACACUUUGUGGCGGAUUGUUCCAGACGUACCUGUGCAAAGUGUGGACAAAGCCACCAUUAUCUACUACACCCGUACACUCCUCCCAAUUCUAACACCCAGAGUCAACCCCAGAACAACCCGAACAGGCCUCAAGUCGUGAACGCGAACCCUCAAACACAGCCUCGUCCACCGUAUCAGGUGCAACAGCAAUCGCACUCGCAAUCUCAUUGCCAAUCCCGGACGAAUAAUACUCAAUCUAAUCCACAAACACCACCAGUCCUACCCACUACCUCGCAAUUUACACGACAGCCACCUCCCACAAACACGCCAUCCACCAGUCAUCACACUGCUACUUCACACAACAUUCAAAGUCAGCGAAACACAGCACUCCUGUCAACCGCGAUCGUGAAACUUGCUGACCGCUCCGGAAAUACGACCCUCGUUCGUGCAUUGUUGGACAAUGGUUCACAAAUCUGCAUGAUUACGGAAAAUAUUUCCCAAAGGUUGAAUUUCAAACGGUUCCGUGAAAAUUUGCCAGUGAACGGUGUUGGUGAUUCGUCGACGGUGUGCAAACAAUCGGUGUUGGCGAAGAUCCUGUCCCGCUAUUCAUCAUUCGAGACCACAGAAGUAAAGUUUUAUGUCCUGCCUCGAAUCACCUUGAACCUGCCGCAGCACAACAUUGACAUCAGCUCUUGGAAGUUGCCUGCUGAUAUCCGACUCGCCGAUCCAAGCUUCUUCGAAUCUAGCGCCGUUGAUGCAAUCCUAGGCGUGUCAGUCUUCUACGAACUACUGCUGGGAGAGCAGAUGAGACUUUGGGAAACUGGUCCGAUCUUAUGCAAUACCAAACUUGGUUGGAUAAUGGCUGGAGAAAUAUCCGAGAAUCCCGUUUCCACCUUCAGCGUUACAGUUGCAACGUCGGGAACCACUGAAGAGAUCCAUGAGCAGCUUGCACGUUUUUGGGAACUAGAGACGUGCCGGACUAAGAGCUGCCUAUCCAUCGAAGAAUCCACGUGUGAAUCCAUCUUCGAACAAACAACAACAAGGGAUCAUGACGGAAGAUUCCGUGUAACACUUCCCAAAAAAGAAUAUGUCAUGGAGCAGUUGGGAGAAUCAAAAGCAAUAGCCACCAAGCGAUUCAUGGCGCUCGAGAAACGCUUGAAUGCAAAUCCGGAGAUGAAGGCUCUGUACACUGCAUUUAUUCACGAGUAUUUGUUGAUGGGGCACAUGAAAGAGCUAACAGACGACGAAGAUGAGCCGAGGCAUACCUAUUACAUGCCCCACCACGCAGUUAUGAAACCCGAUAGCACUACGACGAAGCUUAGGGUAGUGUUCGACGCGUCGUGUGCAACAGAUUCAGGAGUUUCGUUGAACGAUGCGCUGAUGGUGGGUCCAGUGGUACAAAGGGAUUUGCUAUGUAUUCUGAUCUACUUCCGACUUCACAAGUACGCGAUUGUCGGCGAUGUGGAAAAAAUGUACCGCAUGAUCAACGUCAUCCUACAAGAUCAAUCACUUCUGAGGAUUCUUUGGCGAGAGUCCGUUGAUGAGCCGCUGCGCACGUACCAAUUGACUACGGUAACCUACGGCACUUCGUCCGCGCCAUACCUAGCGACCAGAUGCUUGAAGAAAUGUGCUGAAGAAGGAGAAGAGACUCAUCCAGUUGCAGCUAAUGCCAUCAAGAACAACUUCUACGUUGACGACAUGCUGACUGGAGCACACUCUGUAAAAGAAGGCCAACAACUGUGCACUGACAUUCUAUCUCUUCUCGAUUCCGCUGGGUUUAAUCUCCGAAAGUUGCAUUCGAACCAACCGGCAAUACUGAAAGGCAUUCCCAGCUAUUUGCGAGACAAGCGAGAGAUCCUUGAUAUUGAUUCGACUUCCACUGUGAAAACCCUUGGUCUGACCUGGGAACCAGCAUCAGAUUUGUUUUGGUUCAAAAUGCCACACUGGAAGCCAUCAUUCCCAAUUACGCAGCGUGUUGUGUUAUCGGAGUCUGCACAAAGCUCGAUAUGGUGGAAUGGUCCCAAGUGGCUGCAAGAGGAGUCGAAUGCGUGGCCACGGGUCAACGAAGCUUCCGAUCAGCACUUCGAUUCUGCAACGUUGGAGGAAAAGCCGUUAGUUACGGCUGCGUUGCAGAUGCUACCUCCUAGUGAAAUAUUUACCAUGCACUCGUCGCUACUUAAGCUGAUUC